CGAGCACGUCGACAUCAGCAGUAUCACAGCACAGGAGACUACUGGAUGAUGCACUUUGACACCAACGCACCCGUCCUAAAGUUUCUCAACGACCGACUACGAGCCGAUCCAAGGGUGAUCAAGUGGACUGCACUCAAGCUCGGAGACAAGCUUGACCAGAUCACACCCAAAGCCACCUCGGGAGGUCUCGACUCGCACUCGGACGCUCCUCAAGCAAGAGCGCUGUUUGGCGGCAAGACCAUCCGCUACGGCUGGCAGUAG